AUGGUCAACAUCACCAAGGCAUCAGCAAUCGCGUUCCUUAAGUCAAUUGUGUGCAGGUUCGGGGUCCCGAAUCGAAUCAUCACCGAUAACAGGACCCAGUUCAAGAGCCAGCACUUUCAAGAGUAUUGCGAGGACAACGGCAUCCAGCUCUGCUUCGCUUCUGUGGCACAUGCCAGAAGCAAUGGUCAAGUGGAGCGGGCAAAUGCUGAGAUACUCAGGGGGCUCAAGAUUCGCACCUACAACGAUCUUGAGAAGCAUGGUGCGAGGUGGGUUGACCAGCUUCCGAGUGUACAAUGGGGGAACCGGACCACUCCCAGCUGA